AUGGCGAUCUUCUCCGAAUACCUUGAAUACUCGGUUGAAAUCUUUAUGGAUGACUUCUCAGAAGGAAUUGUACUCGGGCACAAGGUUUCAAGAAAAGGGUUAGAUGUGGACAAAGCAAAGAUUGAAGCUAUAGAAAAACUUCCACCUCCAGCGAAUGUGAAAGCUUUAAGGAGUUUCCUAGGACUAGCGGGGUUUUACAGAAGAUUUGUGAAGGAUUUUUCCAAAAUCGCUCGACCUUUGAAUGUGUUGUUAGAAGUUGAUAGACCUUUUGAUUUCGAUUCAUACUGCCUCAUUGCAUUCAAAACACUAAAAGACUCUUUGACUACAACGCCAAUUUUGAUCGCACCUGAUUGGGCAAAGCCAUUCGAAAUGAUGUAUGUUGCCAAUGGAUACGCGAUGGGGGCAGUCUUGGCACAAAAAGUAACUCCACGCAGGCAAAUUACACCACCACCGAGAAGGAACUUUUAG